UUACUGACAAUGAUCUCCGGGAAGUCGCCUCACUGACUUUUCUGUGCACCACCUAAUACCCAGUGGUCCUGACCGACUCGGAGAGACUGUCUCUUUAAAAGCAUGUCCAUGUCCACCAAUGUUUCCCCAGUCAGCUCACGAUGGAUCCCAACACACAUCCAGUCAAGCUUACCCACUCCGCUUCCACCAGUACCUCCUCUCUCCCAAAUAGUCCCAUCGAGACCAUUCACCACUCUCCCGAAAAGUCUACGGCGACCGUCACCGUCCUCGACGCCGAAAAACAGGUUAAUCCAUGGGAUGGCUACGAAGAGGAUGAAAUGCCCGAAAAGACUCAGCCGCGCCUCGUGCGCAAUCUACGGUUGCAGGCCUUCUCUAUCUACCGCAGAUUAUUCUCAGUCGUGUUCUUGACAAACAUCGGUAUCUUCAUCUCGUACACAAUCCGCGGAUAUCAUUCUCAGAAGAUUGCACUCGUCGCGGUGGCGAAUAUCUUUAUUGCUAUUCUCAUGAGGCAGGAGCACGUUAUAAACGUGCUUUUCGCAGUUGCUUGUUCUGUUCCUCAGUCAUGGCCGUUCUUCAUUCGGAAGACUGCUGCGAGAGUGUAUCAUAAUGGAGGCAUCCAUUCCGGAGCUGCUGUUUCGGGUACAGUUUGGCUGAUCCUUUUGGCCGUUCAAGCGACUAGAGAGUUUGUUCAAGGCAAAGGAACUUCAGUCGCCACCGUCUCACUGACGUAUAUAGUCCUUGCUUUCUUGAUUGGGAUCGUCGUGUUUGCUUACCCUACCUUCCGGAUCAAACGCCAUGACGCGUUCGAGCGCAUGCAUCGGUUCAUGGGGUGGACGGCAACUGCAUUGGUUUGGUCGCAGGUCGUCGUCCUCACCAACGAUUACAAGGGUGACAAGUCCCUCGGACAUGUGUUGGUGCACUCUGCUCCGUUCUGGAUCAUGAUGGUCUUGAGCUGGUCCUUGAUUCUUCCCUGGACGAAGCUGCAAAAGGUUCCCGUCCGCAGCGUCGUCCUCUCCGAUCACGCUGUCCGUCUCUUUGUCGACUAUGGUCCACAUCCCGUUCCCGGCUCUUUCCAGCGGUUCUCCACAGAUCCGCUGAAUGAAUGGCACAGUUUCGCCACCAUCGCUGCUCCUGGAGUGACGGGAUACUCGAUCAUCAUAUCUCAGGCAGGUGACUGGACGACGGAGAUGAUCGCGAACCCACCGAAAGAGAUUUGGGUGAGGGGUAUCCCGACGUGUGGUGCGCUUCGGAUUGUGCCUCUGUUCCGAAGGGUGUUGUUCGUUGCUACUGGCAGUGGAAUCGCACCGUUUACACCUCAUAUUUUGAGUGGAAAGGUUGCGCAUAAGCUGUUUUGGAUGGCACCCAAUACGCGUGCAACAUUCGGAGACCCGUUGGUCGAUGAUAUAUUGGCAGCGAGUCCUGGAGCGGUCGUGUACGAUACGCGGAAGCAUGGCAAGCCUGAUAUCAUCAAGCUCACGAACCGUAUGGUGGAUGAUUACAAGCCGGAAUGUGUCUGUGUUAUCUCGAACCAGAAACUGACGGAGAAGGUUAUUUAUGGUCUCCGGAGUCGGGGUAUCCUUGCGUUUGGGGCUAUUUUCGACUCAUAGAUUCUGUAUCUUUCGAUACCUGUUUCCUCUCGCUUAACAUAUGGAGGCACGUUCAAAGCCCGAUGUAAAUUUAUGCCCGUCACGUCUGCGACGUGAUGAGAGCUAUAUAGAAUACCGUUACAGCCAUUUGUAGAUAUACGGUUCUGCUCCAUUUAAUUAAAAUUCAUCAUGUAGUUGUCGUUUCUCCAAUUUGAACUCGGGUGCCUUUUGACCGAAGAACCUUUUUAGGUUUCGUCACAACUCAUCAAAGGUCGUGCUUGGUGGACUGGCAUAUAUCCUUCCGACCUACUUUAUAGUUCAGGUUAAUUUUUCCUUCGUC